AUGUUCGAUAUUGAUGUAGGCGAAAAUGCAGUCCUAAAAGCCAGAAUACUGGUAAUUUGGAUGUCAAUAUUGGUAAAUGAGUACGGGUUUACCAAGGAUGAACUAAUACUCAUUGCCAGAUCAUUUCCUCGAACUAUAAUUGAUAAAAGUGGAGUUCAGAUAUACCUCAAAAGCCCACAUUGUAUAAUAAGAAUAUAUUCAACAGGGAGAUUAGCUAUUUUAGGUGGCAUUGAUGAAUCACAGGCAAUUACACAUUUGGAAAGAGUUACUAAGAAAUUAAAACAUAAAAUAUUUUGGGAGCCAAUAAAUGAUUCAUUUCCGGCAGAUAUCAGAGUGAACAUCCCCUUGCACAUGUUCCCUCUGGGACCAAUCUACACAUUUAUCGAACGAUCGGACAUAAAAUUCGAUUCAUCUAAGGUACAAAUUGACCAGUUAGUUGCUAAAAUAUCGUUAGACAGGCAUUUGCAGCUGGAAAAAAUAGCAAAGCAUCAAAGUUUACACAUGAGAGUGGCGGAGAUAAGGGGGGAGCUUCAUGUCAAAUUACCGUCAUUCGAUACAAUUAAAAUGGAAGGUGAUGACAAAGAUUUGGGUACUGUAUAUAGUAAAAAUCCUACUGCAAUAAUUUAUCGUAGCGGUUCAUUGCUAAUACUGGGUUAUCGCUCUAAAAAAUCUAUACACUUGGCUAUGAAAUUCCUGUGGCAAUCACUUAAUACCAAUGUCAAUUAA